AUAAUGAUAUUAAUACUACUAGUGAUAAAACAUUAAAUGAUAGUAACAUUAGCACAAGCUCUAAUAGUGAUAUAGAAAAUAUUAGUAAUAAGUUAAGUACUAAAACAAAAUCACAAAAAAAUGCUAGUUGA